AUGGCGGUAAAUGCAAUGACCCCUUCUUCAUCCUCUAAUACUCACAAUAAUUUUUGGUUGUCAGAUAGUGGCUGCAACGCACAUGUGACCAAUGAUUUAGACAAUUUGAAUCUAGUUGAUUCUUAUAAUGGAGAGGAAUUCGUCACAGUCGGCAAUGGACAAUCUUUAAACAUUUCGCACACAGGCAGUGGUAUACUUUCAGCAUCCUCGCACGCAUUUACCAUUUCCAAUGUGCUCCAUGCUCCUGAUUUAGCCACAAAUCUUCUUUCAGUUCAUAAAUUUUGUCUUGAUAAUCAUUGCAUUUUUGUAUAUGACUCUGACUGGUUCCUCAUUCAGGAUAAGGUUACAGACACUACUCUCUAUAAAGGAAAGAGUGUUAAUGGACUCUACCCCAUCCCUAGUUCGUCUACUUUGUCGUCAGCCCGCAAUGAGUUACAUCCUAAAAACUGUGCUCUUCUUGCAAAAGCAGGGUCUUAUCUCUGGCAUCAUCGGCUUGGCCAUCAUUCACCAAAAAUAUUACGUCAUGCUUUGUCUACAUUUGGUUUGUCAAUAUCUCAUUCCUUUAAUACUUGUCAAUGCACUAGUUGUCUUAAGGCAAAAAUGUCUAAACUAUCAUUUCCUAUGUCUUACUCCUCUUCUUUUGCUCCUCUUGAAUUUGUUCACAGUGAUGUUUGGGGAMCUUCUCCUGUUAUUUCUCUUACUGGAUGUCGCUAUUAUGUUAGUCUUGUGGACAAUUUUAGCAAGUUUACCUGGCUUUUUCCAAUUGCAAAUAAAUCUGAUGUGAGUGCUAUUCUUCAUAAAUUUGUGCCAUUUGCUGAAAAUCUUCUCUCAUCUAAGCUUAAAACUUUUCAUUCUAAUGGUGGUGGUGAGUUUGUUAAUUCGUCUGUUUCUUCCUUAUUUGAAUUUAAAGAUCCUACAGUUCUUUUCAAGCACCUGUUAACCUUGAACCACGCCCAACCAUUACGUCAUUACCAGCCGCCCAGUCCUUCUGACCACCCGGUCGUUGUUUCUUCUUCCUCCAUUGCUCCAAAUUUUUAUGCUGUCUCUGUCCCACCUACACAUAACAUGUCCUUUUCUUCUGCUCCCUUGCCGACUGCUAUGACUACUGCCUCCAUUAUUGUUACGCCUGCUCCCGUUCUCCUUGAGGCCUUCUCUCCUCAUAAGGACCCUACAUUAUCCUCUUUUCCUAUUGUUUCACCAAGCGAUCCUACUUGCCCAUCCACUUCUUGCAGUUCAGUCACUGAUGUUCGCCCCAUUAAUGCUCAUCUGAUGCAAACAUGGGCAAAGUCGGGUAUUUUUAAGCCCAGGGCCUAUUUAGUUCUGAGUGAGUCCAUAACUAUCCAUACAAAACCUUCUCCAUCCACUGAGGCUGCCCAGUUUUCUGAAUGGAGAGCUGCCAUGUCAGAUAAAUUUUUAGCUCUCCAGGAGCAAGGUACAUGGUCACUUGUCCCUCGAACACCCGAUAUGAAUGUUGUUGGUUGUAAAUGGGUGUUUCACACUAAGUUCAAUUCUGAUGGCUCUACCGCCCGUUAUAAGGCUCGAUUGAUGGCUAAGGGUUAUCAUAAAAUGGAGGGCUUUGAUUUUGAAGAGACCUUCAGCCCUGUUGUUAAAAAGCCUACUAUUCGAGUUGUACUGUCUCUUGCUGCUCAUUUUAAUUGGUCACUUACUCAGCUUGACGUUAAGAAUGUCUUUUUGCAUGGUAAUCUUCAGAAAGAUGUCUUUAUGUAUCAGUCCGUUUGUUUUAUUGAUACGUCUUGCCCUGAUUAUGUUUGCUGCUUACACAAAAGUUUGUAUGGCCUAAAACAGGCUCCUCGGGCUUGGUUUGACCGCUUCACCAAUUAUCUGUUCACACUUGGGUUUGAGGCUUCUCUUACUGAUACUUCUUUAUUUGUACGGUCUGUUGAUGGAUCUCUGACUUUUCUCCUCUUAUACGUGGAUGAUAUUAUAAUCACUGGUCCCGAUUCUUCCUACAUUACUGUUCUCAAGAAAGCUCUAGCUACUGAAUUCCAAAUAUCUGAUCUUGGUGCUCUGAGGUACUUUUUGGGUUUAGAAAUUAAGUCCUUGCCUACUGUUAUUUUUGUGAACCAAGCAGAGUACUUACAAGAUUUAUUAGUCCGUUCUGGAAUGUGCUCGGCCAAAUCAUGCUCCACUCCUAUGUCCACUUCUAUUGAUCUCCAUGCUUCUACUCCCAUGUUUACUGAUGCAUCUCUCUAUCGUCAAUUGGUGGUUUCAUUACAAUACUUGACGUUUACUCGUCUUGACAUUACUUUCUCUGUCAAUCGGCGAUAUCUAAAUGGCACCAAGGAUCUUGGCAUUUUGUUCCAUAAGAGUUCCUUGACCCUUUCUGCCUUUUGUGAUGUCGAUUGGGCUGGAGAUGCUAUUAAUCGCCGAUCUACCACUGGCUUUGUUACAUUUCUUGGCUCGAGCCCUAUUUCUUGGUCGACCAAAAAGCAAUAUACUGUGUCUCGUUCUUCUACUGAAGCUGAGUAUCGGUCUUUGGCCACUACUACUGCUGACUUAUACUGCAACCCGGUGUUCCAUGCUCGCACCAAACACAUAGAAAUUGAUUAUCAUUUUGUUCGUGAAAAGGUCGUGUGCAAGGAUAUUUCUGUUCGCUUUGUGUCAUCCAAAGACCAAAUUGCUGAUUUAUUUACCAAGGCGCUGUCUACACAAGCCUUUUUAUCUUUACGUAGCAAACUCGUGUUUUCUGUUCAACCUUGA